AUGGCUAAAGUUGUAACAUGUCCACGACGAUUUACAUCUAAAGAAUGGACACUUGUAUCGAGAGUUAAACAUAAAAAUACUGAACGAGAUCAAGUUGUCGUCGAACGACUUAUUCUUGAAUGUGCUCGACUUGAUCAAGAAGGACGUGAUACCGUUGAACGAACUCUAACUGAUGUUAAUAAAAAAAAACUUGGUGAAUAUCAAGAAUAUGCAUAA